AUGUCAAUCCAUAAUAUUUGCGAUGAUCAUAGCAGUGUUGUUCAAGCAGCCUCAUUUCAAUCAAUCCAAUCAAGAAAUAAUAAUAUUUAA